AUGGCGGUGUUUAUUAACGACUCAACUGGUCGGGAUGAACUUUCUAGAAGUGGAACCGAGCAAGAGCCAUUCCAAACUGCUGCUUACGCGCUAUUUGCUAGUAAGAGCGACGAUGAGCCAAAACUAAUGGUUUAUAAGAAAGAUGAAGAGGUUGAUGGUUACUUUGAAAUUAGUCCAUCUGCACUAAAAAAGGCCCGUAAAGGUGCUGAAGGUCUCAAGAAGAAGGCUAUCAAGCUUGAGGAGCAAGCUAAGAGACAGCAGGAGCAAGAAGCUAAGGAUGCAGCCAAAAAGCUCGAGUUGAUGAACAUUACUAUAGAAGAAGAUAAGAACCUGCCAAAGGCUGAGGUAAUGAAGAUCAACAAGGCCCAUUUAGCUGUUAACCAGAGAGUUAAGGUUUCCGGCUGGAUUCACAGACUUCGUUUGAGUAAGUCCGUUGGUUUCGUCGUUUUAAGAGAUGGAACCGGCUAUUUACAAGCUGUGUUGUCCUCUAACUUGGCUAAGGCGUACCAAACUAGCACUUUGACUCUUGAAUCUACUGUUUCUUUGUAUGGUACCGUAAAGAAGUUGCCAGAGGGUAAGACCGCUCCUGGUGGCGUUGAAUUGGACGUGGACUACUACGAAAUUGUUGGUUUGGCUCCAUCUGGUGACGAAGCUUUCACGAACAAGGUGCAAGAGGGGGCUGAUCCUUCCCUAUUGUUGGAUCAAAGACACCUGGUUUUGAGAGGUGAGACUAUCUCUGCUGUCAUGAAGGUGCGUGCGGCAUUUUUAAAGUCUAUCCGUCGUGUAUUUGAUGAAGAAGGUUUGACCGAAGUUACCCCACCAUGCAUGGUGCAGACUCAGGUUGAGGGUGGUUCUACUUUGUUUAAGUUGGACUACUACGGAGAAGAGGCUUAUUUGACUCAAUCCUCUCAAUUGUACUUAGAAACAUGUUUACCAUCCCUAGGUAACGUAUACUGUAUCCAGGAGUCCUUCCGUGCUGAAAAGUCCCACACUAGAAGACACUUGUCUGAAUACAGUCACAUAGAAGGUGAAUUGUGCUUCUUGUCCUUCGAGGACUUGUUGGACCAUAUCGAACGCCUCAUCACUAACACAGUCAAAUACAUUUUGGAAGACCCUGUUGCCGGCCCGCUCGUCAAGCAGCUGAACCCCGGCUUCGAGGCCCCAACCACCCCAUUCAUGAGACUAGAAUACAAAGAUGCAAUUACGUGGUUGAACGAGCAUGACAUAAAGAACGAAGAAGGCGAGGCCUUCAAGUUCGGUGACGACAUCGCAGAAGCUGCCGAAAGAAAGAUGACAGAUACCAUCGGUGUUCCAAUCUUCUUAACCAGAUUCCCAUUGACUCUAAAGUCUUUCUACAUGAAGCGUUGCGCAGACGACCCUCGUGUUACUGAGUCGGUCGAUGUCUUAAUGCCAAAUGUCGGUGAGAUUACUGGUGGUUCUAUGAGAAUCGAAUCUACUGAGGAAUUGAUGGCCGGCAUCACCCGUGAAGGCAUUGAUCCAUCUUCCUACUAUUGGUUCAUUGACCAAAGAAGGUACGGUACUUCCCCACAUGGUGGUUACGGUAUUGGUACGGAACGUAUCUUAGCUUGGUUAUGUAACAGAUACACCGUCAGAGAUUGUUCAUUGUAUCCUCGUUUCACCGGUAGAUGUAAGCCAUAA